GCUUUGUGAUGUUUUAUUAUCAAUUCGCGUGUGUGUGCGCUGGUGCAUUUUUUUUGUUAAAUUUCAACAAUGAUUUAUUACAAAUUUUAGCGCUGUGCAAUAUGUGAAAAAAGCGAAAAAGUGUACCAAUAGUUACAUACAAUUGUAUAAUAAAUAUGUGGAUAAAGCUGCAUAACUUUUAUAAGAGGAAAAACAAAAUUGCAGCACUCCGCCCAGUACGAAAUUCGCAACAACAAUUUCUAUAGAAGUGCAUAUUUGGAGUUGAAAAACGCACUCAGCGGACAGACAGACAAAUAAAGCAGCGCCAACACAACAUUAAAAUUACGUGAAGUUAAACAAAAAAAGUAAUAAAUAACAACAAUAUACAAUUGGCAUUAUGAAGCGGCAGCGGCCGCCCUCUUGGCUGCGUCUACUACUUCAAGCGCUCCUCUGGUUGUAUGCAUUUCAAGCGCGAUGGGAUUAUAGUAAUGCCAUACACCUGACAGGCACUUUUCACACUGAUGACUUUUUCAAAGUUAUCACCAAAUUUGGUUUCCAAAAGGCCGAAGCAACUAUACCGCACGGUGGCUCAUUUGGCUACAUAUACGGCAAUAUAACAGCAACAACAAAUACAUUUGUGCAACCCAUUUCAUUGGUAGUGCUGGACAAAGUGGCAUUUGUUGAUUUCUAUAGCAAUCGUAGUCAUGUAGAUCAUGAGUUGGCGUGCCAACACAUGUUUGCGCAUUUGCAACCGCUGAUAUAUGAUGAGGCAUGCAACAAGCAGGGUAAACGUGAUUAUGUGCGCCGUGUACCAUGCCCACUUGGUCAGCUAUGUGCUGACGAAGAUACGCCCAGCAAUGUAAUACCACAACAACAAUUCACCUACACUAUAAGUGAAGUGACAGAGCCGAGAUUCUGGUAUGUCGCGCUCACUGCCUGCUAUCGCAAUCGCACCACAUGCAAAUGGCAAGCCUACGAUCAUCUCAAAAGUCAUAAUGAGCUUAACUAUGAUAUAUACGUGGUCAAUACGCAUCCUAACAACUCCGCGGCGCAUCCACUCACAUUUCAAUUCUCCUUCGAUCAGCAAAAUCUAUUGGAAAUGUAUAUGAUAUUCUUGCUGGUCUAUAUGGUGCUGUUGCCGGUGCAAAUUUACGCGGUGCGUCUGCAAAAACAUCCCGUCACGCGUUUAUUCACGCUUAGCUUAGCCAGCGAGUUUGUCAGUUUGGCCUUCAUCACAGUGCACCUGAUAAAGUUCGCGCUAAAUGGCGUGGGCAUGCCGAAUAUGCAGACAGCGGGCGAUAUAUUGGAUAUAUUUAGUAGAACCACAUUCAUGUUGAUAUUGCUGCUGCUGGCUAAAGGCUGGGCCGUGACACGUCAGCAAAUCAAUCGUACUGGUUGGAUUAUAUUGAUGAGUAUAUGGGUGCCCUAUUGCGCAUUUCAAAUGUUCCUCUAUGUUUGGGAUAAGACGGAGGUGGACAUUAUAUCGGACAUUGAUGAGUAUCAAACCUGGCCGGGUUGGAUUGUAUUGAUAUUGCGCACAUCAUUCAUGACUUGGUUCCUCUACGAACUGCGCAACACCAUGAAGUACGAGCAUUCCACCAAAAAACUGGAUUUCCUGCUGCAUCUGGGCGCCUCUAGUCUAGUGUGGUUCAUUUAUUUGCCCAUUGUUGCCAUUGUAGCGCUGCAAGUGAGCCCCAUGUGGCGUUACAAGCUGCUGCUUGGCAUUACCAAUUCGGCGGACUGUCUGGCUUACUGUGUAAUGACUGGGCUGCUGUGGCCCAAUCGCUCCGGUCAGUAUUUGCUGCUAGCCGGCAACAAAUACACCGGCAUGGAUGAGUUGGACGAAUUCAACGAAGCGCCACACAUUGUACGCGAACGAGAACGGCGCCGCAAUUCACCCGAUGCCAUAAUCAUCGCCAAUGGCGAGCUAACGCAAACACACGCAAAUGGUGGCAGCGGCAUUGUGACGUCAGUGGGUGCUAAUAAUUUGCUUGCCACAAAUGCGGUGAAUGGUGAGGCAUGCGUGGAGCUAUUGGAUGCAGAAGAUUUGGAUGCGGUGCUUUUGACCGAUUUGAAUAAGAAUAGUCAUGUUGUGGCAUAAGUGUUAACGUACGCGUUGUUGUAGUAGUAGCGCGCAAAAGUGAAAAAAAAAACAUUAACUAAAACUGUAAACGCUUGUAGUUUUGUGAGUUAAAACAGUUAAAUGUGUGUGUUUUUUACUAGAACCCGGCGCACAGACGGCAUGCGAGUGAAAUAGUUUGUGAUGCGCGCUUGUCGGUUAAAAUGUGUUAACGAAUGGCGUUGUGCAUCAUGUGAUGAAUAUUUUUUUAUGAUUUUACAUACAUAUAUGUAUAAUUAAUUAUACGUUCAAAAAUAUUGCUUUAGUUUUGUAUGUCGAUUUUUAGUGCUUACAAAAUACGUUUACAUUACAUUAGUUUUUUAGUUUAGUUUUACUAUAUAUAUAUUUACAAAACUAUGUAAUCGACAUAUUUCUAUUGUGUGAUGUAGUCAAGUAUGUAUACAUAUAUGAAACAACAGACAUUAUUAAUUGUAAAGUAGGACGAAACUCAUUAUUAUUAUUAUCAAUAUUAUGCACUUGGUUAAAGCAUAAUAUUAAACUAUUUAUAUAUAUACACAUAUAAGGUACACAUUUCAUAUUAUAUUGUAUUUGAUUUCUAUAACGGAUAAUUUAGCGUUUACUUAGCGUUGUAAGCACUGUUUGAAUGCGCAUUAUUAUACAAAACUAAUUUGGGUAGUUAUGUCGAUAGUUACUUUAGCGUUAAAAAGAGCAGGCAAAGCAAGAAAUGUAGUAGCGUUACAGUAAUAAAAACAAAAACAAAAAUAAAAAAAGAAACAUGCUGCAAGUACACAACGAUUUAUGCAGCCUUGUGCUAUAUGGACUUUGUAAAAUGAACUUAUGAUUAUUACUGUAACAAAUUAAAUUUGAAAAAAAACCGAAAAAAAUAAAAAAAAAAAAUAAAAUCACGAAAAAACACAAAAAUAAUGCAAACUGAAUAAAAAACAACAAAAAGUAUGCAUUACUUAAGAGUGUGUAUAAACGCAUAUACCUAAACGAGUGUCAAAUUAUAUUUGUAAAAUGCACAAUUUUUUGCAUAUUUAUUGUAUAUUUAGUGCGUUAAGCACCAACCCUACAUAACGUCCCCCACCCCAAAAAAUAAAGAAAAAGCAUAAAACUGAACGUGAGUAGCUGAAAAUAGCAAGUGUUUGGAAUAAAGGUACGAGAGGAUAAGUGAAAGCUUAAAAGCAAGAGAAUGUCAAUAAAAAUGUAUACAAAAAUACAAUAAAUCGAUAAUCGAAAGAAAAAGGGAGAUAUUAAAAAACAAAAUAAAAUAAAAUACAUAAAAUGCAAAAAAGCGCAUAAAAAAAAAAUAAAAAAACAUACAGAAAUUCAAAAACAAAAACAAGACAAAAAUAUUAAAUAAAUAAUGAAAAUGAGACAUUCACUGUUGUCGCUAAACGCUAAAAUACAGUCGAAACAAAAUUAUGAAACGUUGAAUAAUUAAAAUAACAAAAAUUUUCCAAAACAAUUGAAGCAAAAAGUAAAACAAAUUUAAUAAUAAUAACGAAAAAAUCUAAUUUAAAAAAUAAAAAUAAUUGAUAAAGACAAACAAUUAAAAAUAAAUUCAAUAAAAAAAUUAAAGAAUUAAAAAUUAAAUAAGAAACUUAAAUAUAAAAUAAAAAAAAAAUUAAAUAUGACAUAAAACAAUUAGAAAUAAAAUUAACAAAGUUAAAAAAGAAAUUUACAAAUUAAAAAAAAAAUAAAUUUAAAACAAAUAGUAAAACUGCGCAUAAAAGAUGAAUUGAAAAUAAAAAAUAUUGGCGAAGAAAAAACUUAAAUUAAAUUAAAAAAUAAAUUUAAUAAAAUAAUAAAAAUUAAAUUUAAAAUUUAAUAAAAAAUUAUAUAUAUAUAAAUAUUUGAUAAUAAAAUGAACCAAAUUAAAAAAAAAAUAACAAAAUUAAAAAAAUUUAAAAAUUAUAUAAAUUUAAAAAACUAAAAUCUGCGCAUAAAUAUAACACAAAAACUCGAUGUUUGUAAUUUUCUAGAAAUCAGCGCAUAAGAAAUACAUAAAAGCCUACAUAUGUAUGUUACAAUCAUUAAUCACGAUGAUUUUUCAAAAAACCACAGGCACUAAGUUUUUAAAACAAAAAUGUGCUCAGUGUGUGCGAAAAUUCGCAAUGUUCGAAAUACAAAAAUAAAAAACUACAACUACAUACAUGCAUAUUCGUAUUACAAAUUUAAUUUUAAGCUGCAACAAUAACAAUACAUACACGCAAACAAAUGUACAUAUGUAUGUAUGUA